AUGGACUCCAUCAUUGCUCAGAUCCGAGCUCUUGCCCAAACCACCGAUGAAGCUGGUCGGUUGGACAUGAUUCAGUCCCUCACACGAUUGAAAAUUGAGCUUCAAUCUCCAAAAGAUGUCAUAAUGGAACUGGCAGUACCGGGAUCGACGAGUGCGAUGCUCCGAAUUUGUGCAGAUCUGGGACUCCUUCGCUCUCUCGCGAGAAGUGAUGCACCCUUGACUGUCACGCAAAUUGCGGAGCUGACUGGAGCGUCUCCUCUAUUACUAGAGAGAAUUCUUCGGUACCUAGCCGCAACAGACAUGAUUCAAGAGACGGGGGUCAAUGAAUAUUCUGCAAACAAGGUCACUCAUGUCUUGGCUGAUCCUAAGGGCGAGGCCAUGGUAUACCACGGAUACGACACGAUGGGACCUGUGUUGCAAGCAAUGCCUGCAUUCUUCGCUGAAAACAACUAUCAAGAUGUCACCGACAAUACCAAUACUCCGUUCCAGAAAGCCCACAACACGAAACUCACCUCGUUCGAGUGGCUUAUCCAGCAGCCAAAGCAGUUCGAGCACCUGCAAAAGAUCAUGACUGCACUUCAAGGAUCAGAAUGGACCGAGGGGUUCAAACUUCUUGAUGAUGAAGCCCGCAAGGUUCCAUCCAAGGUUUCACCCACUGACCCACAGCCUUCGGAGAAACCCUUCUUCGUCGACGUUGGUGGCGGCCAUGGCCACCAAUGCAUUGAGCUUGGAAAGAAGUAUCCCAACCUCCUAGGCUACCUUGUUCUCCAGGACUUGCCAGCGGCAGUGCAGAAUCUCCCUCCAAUUGACGGCGUGAAGGCCGAGGCUUAUGACUUUUUCCAACCGCAGCCCAUCAUUGGCGCCAAGUUCUACUACCUCCGCAGAAUCAUGCAUGAUUGGCCCGAUGACAAAGCUGCAAGCAUCCUGCGCAAUAUUCGCGCUGCCAUGGGCCCCGACUCGCGGGUGUUGAUCGAUGAAGCCGUGUUGCCGGAUACUGGCGCUGACUGGCAAUCGGCCAUGGCCGAUCUUGCAAUGAUGACCUUUGCGGGUAAAGAGCGGACCAAGCAUCAGUGGGAGUCACUUGCAGAAAGUGCGGGCUUGCGUGUGGAACAGAUUCAUACUUAUGUUGCUUCAACUCAUACCGCUCUUCUCGUUUUGGCCGCCAAGUGA